CCCACAGCAUAGUUCCUCCGCCCGCCCCGGAAGUGACUCCUCCCAUAAUGGCGGCGCAGUCGGAUGGGCCCCGGGGCCCCCGUUACUCGCUUCCCGACGGGUUAUGGCUGGUGGUCGCGCUGCUCGUGUUCCUCUCAGACGGGGCGUCGGACCUGGUGCUGGCGGCCGAUUACCUGCAGCGGAGGCGGGUGAGUUGCUUCUGGGCCACUGUCCUACUGGUCCUGCUGCCUUCCCUCCUCACCCAGAGCCUCAGCCUCACCUGGGUCCUCACCGACCGCUGGAGCCCCUCCGGGCAACCCCACAGCCCCACGAGAAACACCUGCUGCCGACUCUGCGCAUGGAUCCUGCACGGCUCUGUGCAUCUGCUCCAGCUGGGACAGGUCUGGAGGUACCUGCGAGCUUUGUAUCUCGGCCUACGGAGCCGUUGGCAGACACAGCAGCAGAGCCGACACUUUUACUGGCGCAUGAUGUUUGAGAAUGCAGAUAUCUGUAUGCUUCGUCUUCUGGAGACCUUCUUGAAGAGCGCCCCCCAGCUGGUGCUGCAGCUUUGCAUCAUGGUACAGCAGGGCCAUGUGGAGCCCCUGCAGGGUAUUUCAGCCUCAGCCUCUCUCCUCUCUUUGGCUUGGAUGAUUGGUUCCUACCAGAAGGUACUUAGAGAUUCUCGUGAUGACAAGAUGCCAAUGUCCUACAAAGGGGCUGUGGUUCAGGUCCUGUGGCACCUCUUCACAAUUGCAGCCCGUGCAUUAGCAUUUUCACUCUUUGCCUCUGUCUUCCACCUUUAUUUUGGCAUUUUCAUUGUUACUCACUGGUGUCUCAUGACCUUCUGGAUCAUCCAAGGAGAGACAGAUUUCUGUAUGUCACGAUGGGAGGAGAUUAUCUACAACAUGGUGCUGGGCAUCAUCUAUAUUUUUUGCUGGUUCAAUGUGCGAGAGGGUCGGACCCGAUGUCGGAUGACCACUUAUUACAUCAUUGCACUGUCUGAGAAUGCCAUUCUCACUGCUCUUUGGUAUGUGCACCGCGGAGCCCUUCUAAGUGACUUCUGUGCUCUGCUAAUUGUGUGCUCUGUGGUUUGUAGCUUUGCUUUUGGUGUAUUCUUCAUGCUUAUUUAUUACAGCCUUUUGCAUCCCAAUGGCCCUAUGUUUGGGCCCUUAAACAGCAGCUGCGUGAUUAGUGAUGUGGCUUCUCUGGGUACAGCCAUUCCUCAAGGUCUCCCGAUACAGGGCACAGAGAGUCUUCCUUCCACUCUGCCUCGGACUACAGGGCAGGAUAGGGAUUGUGUGGUAGGAGAUCGAGACACCUGUCCUCCCGUCUUCCAGGUCCGGCCUAGUGUUCCACCAACCCCUAUCACUCGGCUCCCACGUGCACAGGGACCUGUGAUACGUAUAGAUCUUCCACGAAAGAAAUAUCCAGCUUGGGAUGCUCAUUUCAUUGAUCGGCGACUGAGGAAAACUAUUCUGGCACUGGAGUAUUCCUCACCUGCCACUCCCCGUGUCCAGUAUCGCAGUCUUAGCCCCCCCAAGGAGUUUACUGAGUAUGAGACCUCAGUGUGACAGCAAAUCAGUUGGGUGAGAGACUCUUUGCAUCCAGAAUGGGGCCUAAGAGACACCUCAGAGCCCAAAUUGUGAGUACUGGAAAGUCCAGGAUAGACUUGAAUAGGCUAGACAGACCCUGAAGAAAUUAAAUGGACAGAAGGAAUGGACAUGGAAAGAUGGUUCAGCAGGACCCAUAGACAUUACUCAUGGAAAAGGGCAUCAUCUGGUUGGAGAGAUAUGGUACUUUAAGAUGUGAAUGAGGCAGAAAAUGACGUCGUUUGAGUGAAA